AACUGGCCUCCGUGUCGGAAGCCUGAGUAGCGCCGAGGUUUGGAUGUGGCCACCAGGGGCCCAUCGCUGUGUUCCCAGAGGCGGCAUGUGCUUCCCCCUGGGGACAACGCUUCAGAGCGAUGUGAAAGCAAACAAUGACCAAAAAGCCCCUGGAAACGGCCACGCCCAGCCCGAGGGAGCGGCCGCCGACAGACAGGAGCGCGCCGGCCUGCCCGCUGCCCGGCCCGGGAGCUGCCGAGGCGAGGCAGGCCUUUCGCUGCCGCCGGCUCGGACGAUGGAGGGGAGCGACCCCGCGGCCCCGGGGGACGAUGCGGGCGUCCCCGUAGCGCGCACUCCGGGCGGGGAGGGCGAGCCCCACGGCCCGCUCCGCGACGCCCGCCUGGGCAGCGCCGAUAAGGAGCCGCAGGCAGGAGCGGCCGCCGCGGACAGCGCCCCGACAGCGCCGCCGGGGAGCCCCGCGCAGCCGGAGCCGCGGGUCGAGGUUAUGGAUGAAGCCGGUGGUCCCCGCAAUCUGCUGCCAAAGCCCUGCAGCGUGCUGGUGCUGCUGAACCCGUACGGCGGCAAGGGCAAGGGCCUGCAGCUCUUCCGGAGCCUCGUGCAGCCCCAGCUGGCCCAGGCGGACAUCUCCUUCAGGCUCAUGCUCACUGAGCGGCGGAAACACGCGCAGGAGCUGAUGCGGACGGAGGAGCUGGGAUCCUGGGACGCGCUGGUGGUCAUGUCUGGAGACGGGCUAAUGCACGAGGUGGUGAACGGGCUCAUGGAGCGGCCCGACUGGGUGACUGCCAUCCGGAAGCCCCUGUGUAGCCUCCCGUCCGGUUCCGGCAACGCGCUGGCAGCUUCUCUGAACCACUAUGCGGGCUACGAGCAGGUGGCCAACGAAGCGCUCCUGAACAACUGCACGCUGAUGCUGUGUCGCCGGCGGCUGGCGCCCGCCAGCCUGCUGUCGCUGCAGAUGGGGUCAGGGCAGCGGGUCUUCUCGGUGCUCAGCCUGGCCUGGGGCUUCAUCGCGGACGUGGACAUCGAAAGCGAGAAGUUCCGGCGCCUGGGGAAGAUGCGCUUCACGAUGGGCACCCUCCUGCGCCUGGCAGCCCUGCGCGUCUACCGGGGCCAGCUGGCCUACCUGCCCGCGGAGCGGGGGGCCUCCACCCUGCCCUCCUCCCCGGAGCUGGCCCGCGAGGCCCAGCAGGGCUUUGUGGACGCCCACCUUGUGCCCCUGGAGCAGCCGGUGCCCGCUCACUGGACGGUGGUGCCGGAGCAGGACUUUGUGCUGGUGCUGGUGAUGAUGCACUCCCACCUGGGCAGCGAGAUGUUCGUGGCCCCCAUGGACCUCCCGGCGGCCGGCGCCAUGCACCUGUUCUACGUGCGGGCCGGCGCGUCGCGGGCCAUGAUGCUACGCCUCUUCCUGGCCAUGGAGAAGGGCAGGCACAUGGAGUGCGACUGCCCCUACCUGGUGUACGAGCCCGUGGUGGCCUUCCGCCUGCAGCCCAAGGGCGGGAAGGGGAUGUUCACCGUGGACGGCGAGCUGAUGGUCAGCGAGGCUGUGCAGGGCCAGGUGCACCCCAACUACUUAUGGAUGGUCAGCGAGUCUUCCUCCCUGCCGGAGCCGCGGCCGCGGCCGCCCCGCCAGCAGCCGCCUCCGCCAUAAGACCCCGUGUGACCCCUCGCCUGGCUGUGCCUUACUGUCUACUUGGUGUGAUCUGUGCUCAGGACCCUCCCCCGUCCCCGUGGAGGGCCUGUCCCAGCCCCCGUCGGGGGGAGGACUCCCGAGGGGGAGAGGCUGUGCUUCAGAAGGACCUGCUCUGCCCGCCAAAGGCCAGGCUGAGGCCUUGGGCAGGGACCCAGCUGGUUUGCCCAUUGUGUGUGGAAGCCACUCUAUUGUUCUGGGAACCCCACCCCGGGACUCAAAUCCAAAUAAAGUGGCAUUGCCA